AUGGAGAACUUCUCACUCCUCAGCAUUUCUGGACCUCGAAUCUCUUCCUCUGCCCUGAGCGCGUUUCCUGACAUUAUGUCCUCACAUGCCACCAGCUUGCCAGACAUCGCAAAGACCGCGUUACUCACGGAGGCGUCCAGCCCAGCUCAGGCCCUGUCACCCCAGUACUUCGGCAGCGCUCUCCGGCAUGGGGUGCAGAACACGGUUCUCUCUCCAGACUGCCUUUUGGGGGACCCCCAGACCAGGGAGCCCCGGCGGGGCUGCACUGUCUACCGGCCCUGGUUCUCCCCUUACAGCUACUUCGUCUGCACGGACCAAGAGAGCCACCUGGAGGCCUACAGCUUCCCAGAGGUGCAGCGGGACAAGGGCAGGGGGGACGGCUGCCUGCCCGAGGACCUGGCUGAGAGCAUCUGCUCGUCCUCUUCCUCCCAGGAGGACGCCUGCCCCCCGGAGGCCGCCAAGAAAUUUGGGCACGGCCUGGCCUCCACGGACGGCAUCACGUCCCAGGACAUCCUGAAGGCCGCCAGGUGGCACCCCGCUCAGCAGAGCGGCUACAAGUGCGCAGCCUGCUGCCGCAUGUACCCCACGCUGCACUCCCUCAAGAGCCACAUCAAGGGGGGCUUCCGGGAGGGCUUCAGCUGCAAGGUGUACUACCGCAAGCUCAAGACCCUCUGGGGCAAGGAGAAGGCGCAGCCGGGGGACAGGCUCUCCUCCGGCAGCUGCCAGGCCUUCAAGUAGGCCCGCGGGAUGGUGAGCGGACGCCUCGGUGAAGAGGCGACGGAGCCUGUUUCCGCCUCCGGAGAGAUGUCAAUAAACCGACACUGGCCACGGCCUUCUGUCAAGUCUGAGGUCGCCUGGUCCGCCUGCUCUCCUUCCCAGGGGUCCCAUCCCAUUUCCCUGUGGCUAACGGUUGCUUAGCAACACCAGGCCCACCUCUCCACCCCUCGCCACCCCCCUCCCCCGCCCCUCUCCUCCUCAAGGUUGGGAAGAGCCUCUACAGGGUGCUUUUCAAAGUGAGGUGCCCAGAUCCGCAGUGUCAGCAUCCCCAGGGAAUUUGCUAGAAAUGAAAUCUCAGGCCCGUCUCAGAUGCACACAAUCAGAAACUCCGGGGGUAGGCCAGCCAUCUGUGCUCUGACCAGCCCUCCAGGUGACUCCAGUGGAGCUCAGGUAUGAGAACACUGCCCUCAGAUCCUGGCCCCCUUGCUGGUCCCCCGUGGCCAGUCAGUCCCUGCCCCACCCCCCAAGAGGGGAGAGAGUUGCCCACCCUUUCCUGUUGGCACAGGGAAGCUUCCCCGGAAGGACUUCCGCACAGUCUGAAAGCUUCUCAGGCGUUCGAGCUCCUGAGGGGUAGAACCGGGGGGACACAGGCCCCCCUGCGUACGGACAGGUCAGGGUAGAGGCUCUCCCCUUGCCCUUCCGGUGAUCAUGGAGGAAGUUUUCCCGAAGCCUCACCUUCUGGUUCAGGAGAGCUGUCUCUGCUUAACCCUGUCCUGCGAAAAUAUCAUUUGUGGUUCUUUUGAGAGAGGCUGGGCUCAAAUCCCAUCAUGUCCCACACCAUGAGAGCAUUCCCCACCCACUCUCCCCCGCCCCCCUUCUCUACCAACCCAGCCAGAGUCUAAGAGUGUACUUGAACUGUGGACUCCAGGGUCCCAGCCUGUCCACUCUGGGGUGGGUGGUCUCUUUAGGCAGCCCUAACAUCACUCCCUGGACCCCCUAGGGGAGAGACCAAAGGAGCCCUCACUCUGACUUCCUGUUUCCUUAAAGGGAAAGGCCACCCAAGCCCUUGAAGAUGCCCCUGACAUGCUUCACUGCGCAUGUGUGUCCCCUCGACGGGGCUCUUGAGGGAGUAAGGGAGGGGCCCACACGGGGGCCUUGUGGCCUUACCUUGGUCUGUGGGAGAGUCAGGAGAGGAAUCAGCUUUUGUCUGGCUGCACACCCUCUGCCCAACCCGCACUCCCUCCACCAGGGCACCCAUAUCACAGGCACAGGGGAUCGAGCUAGGGCCAUGGCACAUGCUACCCAUCACCUUGGGAGGUGCUUGAGUGUAAAGACAGGUGCUCUCUGCCUUUCACGUUUAAUAGCAUCGUUGCCGCCCCCCCACUGCCCUGCUCUCUCAAGGCGGAGGUCUGAGUAACGCUUCAGCACACAGAAAACACAACCCAGCACACAACUGCAUGACCAAUGGUAACAGGUACAACCUCCCCUCCCCCAGCCGAUCAGAAGGUAAGCGCUAGGGGUGCCUUGAGCCCCUGCCAGGCGCUCCGCCUUUAAAAUGCAACCUCAUUUACUCUUCGUUAUCGCUUUACUUGGCAGGUUCUAUCCCCAUUUUACAGAUGAGAAAACGAGGCUGCGUUCCAUUCGCUCAGUCAGGAAGGGGCUAAAGGGCGUGAGAAGCUGGCGGAUCGGACUCUCAGCUUUCCCACAGAGCUGGGCCUUACGAAGUACCAGGUUCAACAAACCCUCUGCCUUCCAAAGGGCUCAGAGCUCUGGCCAACAUAACUGGUUUCCAGGACGGUGGCUUCUAGUUCUCGGACGCUCUUCCCUGGCUAGCAUUGCGCCUCCCUUUCGUUUCUAUGCCUGGCAGGAAAGCCAAGAGCCCACGAGCCAGGGAGGGCUCUCCCACUGAGCUGUGCUGCAGUGACAUCACGAUAUUUGCAGGUAGGUGUGCGAAGGGGCCAGCUUUGACUCCAGUCAGAAUCCCAUGCAUAUUUCAGAUGUGUAG